AUGAAGAAAACUGGACAAGAAUUGAUGCCUUUACAUACAACCGUACAGUCCCAGAAACAAGCUCCCAUUACUAGGGUACCAUUCGGGGAAUUCUCACAUUCAAGCAUAUCAUUAUUUCCAACUUGCACACAACCAUUCUAUGAAUCAAGUAACCAAGUGGCAUUAUAUCACAACCAUAAACUUUAUCCGGCCUCACAAUACGAUAUUAUUCCGCACUUGAAGAAUGACAUUGCUCAAUUGCCCAAGAAAUCGGCCUCAGAGGCAAGAACUUUGAAAAGAUCAUAUUUGGGUUCUGAUUUGUACGAUGGUUUUGAAACGUUUGUUCCUAUGUCAGCAAAAGAUUUAGAUUCUCUCGAGCCAUGCAUGAGUUUCAUCAAGGAUUGGGAACGUAAGGCAAGUACCAAAUAUAAACCUGGGAGGAAAUUUAAUAUUGUUUCAACAAGACAUCACAUUGUGGAGAUGACUAUGAAACUUUUUACUGGUAAGACUAAUAAUUAUAAUAACACUAAAAAAGUGCAAGAUUAUGUGCUAAAUGUUGUUUAUACAGGUGAUGAAACUGGUCGGUUAUUGUUUACGAAAGAUUGGUCCAAUACUGGUAACUCCAUGAACGAAGGUAUUUAUUCCAAAAAUAUCAUUCUGAAGAGAAUAUGUUAUUCAGGAUUUGCAUUGGAAGAUUUAAUGACAGAAACAACGUCCGAACUAGAAAAAGAAGGUGAAAAAUUAACUGGUGGGGAAAAGGCCGUCUUUGCCGUUGUAGAGAAUAAGCUAGAUGAUGACAUUUGUAUUUUAUUGCGUUGUGAACUGGAUGCAUUUAAUGGUGCUGAAAAAAAGUUUACUGAAUUGAAAUGUUUCAGCCCUUUGAAGAUGAGUAACUUUUCACAUAGGAGGAAAUUAUUGAAGGCAUGGGUCCAAACAGGUGUACUACCAGAUUCAGAUAUUCUGAUCGGUAUUAGAGACUCUUCCUUUGGUGAAUUGGAGGAUGUCGAAUGGUAUUCGAGAGACAGGCUACGAUCUAAAAUCAAUAAUAGAAAUCUCCCAGAAAGUAAAAUUGAUUGGAACUUUAAUGCACAAGUGGCCACACAAUGGUCUCAGCAUUGUAUUAGAUCUAUUUGUAAAUUGGUGGAUGAAAAUUUGGAUCAGAAAGCAAUUUCAAAUCCGCAGGGUUUCCAAAUCAGAAUAGAUUCGAGGAGAAAUAUAAGAAUAAAAUGUUUAAGCAAAGUUCCAAAGGAUAUCUUAGAAUACCUUUAG